AGGUCGCCAUGACUCGGCUCGAGGACGAGUUCUGCCACGUGCUGUCGGCGCGCGCGCUCGACCUCGAGAUCGAGGCGCUGUCCAGCCUCAGCUCGCUUUCGAUGGCCAGCGACUGGAGUAACUCUGACGCCACAGAAGCGGCCGCUGGGGAGGAAGACGACGGCUCCGUGUCGUCCUCCGUCGGCAGGCGCAGCAGCUACCGCUCCCUGCAGAGCAUCCGCGAGAUUGACCUCUUCCCCGUGGAUGCAAUCUCCGACCUCCAUACAAAAGUCCGAUCUGCUCGUGCAUGUCACCCAUCGCCGAUAAUGAGAUCUGACAUUAUUUUGUUUCUGAAGGAAGGAUCACAGUUGAAAGCAUGGUGGCUUCAUCAUUGCAUUCACGAGAGGAUGGCUCCUGGCCCUUGUCAUGCUUUCAAGCGUCCCUCCGAUUGCCAUUGCCGGUGCAAUUGUUUCAAAGUUGAUGACAGGACUCUCCACCCGAAUGCAAGCAAACUACAGUGAUGCUGGAAACGUCGUGGAGCAAACUCUUGGUGCCAUUAGGACGGUUGUUUCAUUCCACAUCUGGAGGAACAAUUUCACAGAAAGCAAACAAAGACAUCAUACAUCAUACAUGCUAUGGUCACUUAUCACUCCUGUAAAUCCUGCAAAUACCUGGGGUCCACUUAUAUUUAUCUUUGCUGUUUCUGCAACCAAAGAGGCAUGGGAUGACUACAACAGGUAUAUUUCAGAUAAACAAGUGAAUGCUAAGGAAGUGUGGAUUGUUAAGAAUGGUACCCGGAAACACAUUCAAGCUCAAGAUAUCCGUGUCGGUAACAUAGUUUGGAUUCGAGAGAAUGAAGAAGUACCAUGUGAUCUUGUUUUGUUGGGAACUUCUGAACCACAAGGCAUCUGUCAUGUUGAGGCUCUUUUCUUAUUGUUAGAGCAGUUGUUGCAUUCCUCUUGAUAAAGAGAGAUCAAUGAAAAGAUGCACUGCGAGAACACUAGCCAUCCAGUUCAUUCCCUUCGAAUGAAGUUAAAGGUGGGUUUAUAUGACACUCUGUUCCUAAUUUGAUGUCUUGGUUUAUAUUGUGAUAGACUGAUGGUUAAAUAAAAUGGCCUAUGGCAUCGUUUUCUUUCUUUAUCAGAUUUCUAAUUUCUCAGAUAGAGGGAUAUCCUGAUAUAUGCUACGAAAAGGGGUGGGGGUUGGCUGCUCCGAGUCUUCGACCUUCAAUUAUUUGCUGUAAUAAAAUCAACACGUGUGUUUGAUGUAAAGUUUCCAUCUGAAAAGGAAGAGAUGGCCAGCAAGUAUUGUUCCACAGAGCAAGUUCCAUAUGAGUGGGUUUUUGGUAAUGCUUUUACUAAGGUGCAAGACACACUGGUUAUCUAUUGCAACAGAGGCUCGAAUAGCCAAUCGCAAAAACAAUCUCCAAGGCUUGUUUCAUCGUUUCAGUUGCUUGUUUACUGUCAUUUAAUCCAAAGUCACAUAAAAAUGUCAUAAUUACAAUUGUGUUCUGUUAUGACACUCUGUUCCUAAUUGUUGCACCCAUUUUAUGUUUUUCAUUACAGCUAUGUAGGUUUUUGUACAAUAAUCCCUCCGUUUCAAAAUAGUAGUUGUUUUAGCUCUAGAUUUUUAUGUUUAUAUUCAUAUGUAUGGUAACGAAUCUUGACACAUAUAUAGGACACAUACACUAAAAAGGUAAAACAGAUUUUAAUUUGGGACGGAGGGAGUACUUUAUAGUGGUUCUGGCCUUCUUGACACCAUGGUGAAGCUAACAAUGAUAGCCCGUGUCACUGAUGGACGUCCACUAGCAGAAGGGUUGGAUGAUGGGCGAGAUUAGAAGGAUGUUGAUUUCUAUAAGCAGCAAGCUAAACUUCUAUUUAAGAACUUGUCAAAAGGGCAUCAUGAAGCUUCACGAAUGUCAACUGAGACAUGGCCCUACUAUUUCCAUUAUCCUUGUGCCAUUUAUGAUCCUUAUAUGUAUAUGUAUGUCUGUGUAUGUGUGUAUAUCAGAAUUAGGCUUGCUUUUACAUGUUGCUCCUCAUAUAGUUCUUUUGUUUGUCUAAUUUCCAGCUAAAGAUGAUGCGUCCAUUUGUAAACAGUUGGGAUUCCACUGUGGCUAUAUAAACUGCUUUAUGUAAUUGUCUAUUUGUGUA